AUGGAAACUUUGCUACAACAGCUGACCCGUGGUAAUGCUCUGGUCCUCAUCAUUAUUUUGGGAAUUGGAGGAAGCUUUCAAAAUGGCUACCACAUGUCUGGGCUGAGUUCUCCUUCACCGCACAUUCAGCGCUUCAUCAACAGGACCUGGUUCGACAGAUACAAAGAGCCUCCGCCUCCACAGACGAUCACCAUGAUCUGGUCCUGUAUUGUGUCCUUGUACGCUGUUGGGGCGCUCUUUGGUGCUCUCAGUUUCAAAUUAAUCACUGGUGCUUUUGGAAGAAAAAAGGCGAUGAUGUGCAACAGUUUCUUUGCAGUUGUUGCAGCAUUGAUCAUGCUGACAAGUAAAACUGCCAAAUCAUAUGAAAUGAUAAUUGUGGCAAGGAUCCUGUUUGGCUACUCUGCAGGUUUAGGUCUCAGCUCCCAUUUAAUGUACCUGGGAGAGAUUUCACCCAGAAAGAUAAGAGGGGCUGUGACUCUGACCUCAGCAACCUUUGGGUCACUCGGUAAACUGUUUGGGCAAGUUUUUGGACUGAGUGAGAUCCUUGGUGGCGAGGAGCUGUGGAACGUCGUCCUCUGUGUCCCUGCAUGUUUCUCACUGGUCCUGGUUUUAGUGUUGCCUUUUCUCCCAGAGGCUCCCAGAUAUUUAUUCAUUGAGAAAGGCGAUGAUAAGGCCUGCAAAAAAGCGCUCCAGAGUCUGUGGGGCCCAGGAGACUACAAACAGGAGAUGGACGAGAUGCUGGCGGAGCAGUUGGCCAUUGAGGCCGCCCCACCAAAAAGUCCCCUGCAGCUGCUGAGAGACAGGUCCGUCCGAUGGCAGCUUCUCACCGUUCUCCUCAUCUGUGCCUCCAACCAGCUGUCAGGCAUGUCUGCGAUUAGUAUCUUCUCCUAUGACAUCAUGCUGAAGUCAGGUAUACCACGAGACAAGAUCCGCUAUGUUACUGUUGGUCUCGGAGUAGCUGAAAUCAUCACCUCCAUCUCCUGUGGGCUGCUGAUUGAGUGCACAGGCAGGAGGCCGUUGCUCUGGGGAGGUUUUGGUCUCAUGUCUGCCUGCUGGGUGUGUGUCACUAUCACACUGAACCUGACGGACACCAGCUAUUGGGUUCCAUAUAUUACUACUUGUUUGAUCACCCUCUUCAUCAUCUUCUUUUGCGGAGGACCUGGGGGAGUUACAACUACGCUCCAAAAUGAGCUCUUCAUCCAGUCCGAUCGAGCUGCAGCGUUUGUCAUCAUUGGGAUCCAACGCUGGACACUGAAUGCUCUGCUGGGCCUGGUCUUCCCAUUCCUGAUUACUGCCCUGGACACGUACUGCUUCAUUCUGUUCGCCUGUGUUUGCCUGCUGGCUUGUCUUUACAUCUUCUUCGUCCUGCCUGAGACUAAAGGGAAGACCCUGCUGGAGAUCUCCGGGGUGUUUAAAGCCAUCACCGUCUGUGGGAAAUCCCUUUCAGAGGAGAAGAGAGUGGAGACGAGGUUCUGAGGCCGUUGUAGACUGUUUCAAACUGACAGGAAAAAUAAAUACUAAAAAUAAUAAUAAAUAAUAUAAAAAUGUGUGUAACCAAAUAUUUAUAGUAUUUUAAAAUAUAUAUUACAAGUAGUAUUAUUAUCUAAUUAUUUUAAUGUGCAAAUGCCCAAAUCAAUAAAAACUAUAUAUUUACACAUAUGUCAACUAGAGCUUAAUUACUGACACAACCCUGUAAAACAUGAACAAACUAUUAAUGUUUUAUUCCUUGGUGUCAUCUGUCAUGCCAUUUUUUGUCAUUCUUGAUUCAGGCUAGAUCUCAUAUAAGGAUAUAAGACAAGAGAAUCAGUUAAGAAUAUGAAAAUACACAAUGUUUCAAUAAGAAUGAAUUAAUAUUCAUGGCUAAGUAUUCAGUAUAUCUUUGUUACACAGAAACUGCUCAUGUUUUCAAUGUAAUGUUGACUUAUGACAUAA